GAUUUAUCAAAUGUGGGAUUUUCCCAUGAGUCUCAAUAUUAGAGUUUCAACCCCCAAUAAAUAUGAGACCGGGGAUGUCUGAGGUUCAGUCUGCCCUCGAGCCCACCAGGAACGAAAGAGAGCUCCAUUUCCCCUCCAGGAACCCAGCUAUGAACUCCCUCUCCACAAUUGCCUUCUCCCUGGGGCUGCUCCUGGUGAUGACUACUGCUUUCCCUACCCCGGGACCCCUGGGAGAAGAUUUCAAAGAUGAUACCACUUCAGACAGACUACUCCUCACCUCUCCAGACAAAACUGAAGCUCUCAUUAAGUACAUCCUCGGCAAAAUCUCUGCAAUGAGAAAGGAGAUGUGUGAGAAGUAUGACAAGUGUGAAAACAGCAAGGAGGCACUGGCAGAAAACAACCUGAACCUUCCAAAAAUGGCAGAAAAAGACGGAUGCUUCCAAUCUGGGUUCAAUCAGGAGACCUGCUUGAUGAAAAUCACCAUUGGUCUUCUAGAGUAUCAGAUAUACCUGGACUACCUCCAGAACGAGUAUGAGGGUGAUAAGGGAAGCAUCGAGGCUGUGCAGAUUAGUAUCAAAGCACUGGUCCAGAUCCUGAGGCAAAAGGUAAAGAAUCCAGAUGAAGUAACCACCCCUGACCCAACUACAAAUGCCACCCUGCUGAAUAAUCUGCAGUCACAGAACAAUGACUGGAUGAAGAACACAAAGAUUAUCCUCAUCCUGCGAAGCCUUGAGAAUUUCCUGCAGUUCAGCCUGAGGGCUAUUCGGAUAAAGUAGCUGGGGCACCUGAGAUUGCUGUAGUUCAUGGGCAUUCCCUCCUCUGGUCAGAAACCUGUCCACUGGGCACAUAACUUAUGUUGUUCUCUAUGAAGA